AAAUGUUUCGAGUGCCACUUCUCCCAUUCACUGCCGAGUGAAAGCAAGUGCCGCGUUAUCAGGGAUUUCGUCUAUUCGGGAGGCGGGUACGUCACGGGUGACGUUGACGUCGGGGACGUGAACGCGCACGCACUGCUGCAACUCUUUAAAAAUAACCUACAAACACAUCAAUAUACUACAAUGAAUUAACUCAAAGUUUCAUGUUUUAAACAUUAAUACAUGAAAGCGCUUGUUCUAAAAAAAAAAUCCGGAAAAUUUUACAUGGGGCGGAACAGUAUGUUGUAUCCAGCCGAACAUGUUACUUCAAAAACCCGGAAGUAGAGUUGGUGCGUCGCUGUUUUGAUUCCCCAAUUGUUUUUGUCCAAGAUGAAGGACAAUAUGGCUAUGAGUAUGAAGUCUCUUCUACGUGUGUUGGAGGACGCCGAGCACCGGGACGAUGGGUUGUGUGUGGUCGGCAUCUUCGGGAAAAGCAACAUGCAGGUCGGCGCUCUGAAGGAGUCUCUCGUCAACAACCUAGCAGACAAGCACAUCUUCUCGGUUUUCGGUGGACCAGACGAUGGCAGUGGCACGGCGGACAAUGGCAUUCAGGCUUUCCACAACCAAGACAACCGGGUCCUGUACCUGCUGCUCUCUUCCGUGUGCGACAGCCGCCAACUGCUGCGGGCUUGUCAGUCUCUGAGUGCGGGGGCCGGUCACGCGGACUCCCACGACUUCUGGAAGGGCCUGGACAGGCAGCACUGCCUCCACCUGCUCUACAUGUUCUCAGUGUGCCACGUCCUCCUGCUCGUCCACCCGAACCACACGUUCGAUGUCACCUACGACCGGCUCUUCAGAGCUUUGGACGCCCUGCGACAGAAAGUGUUGCCUCUUAUCCGAGUGGCCAUCAAGGACUGCCCGGUGUCCAAAGAGUGGAAGGUGAACUGUCGGCCCUGUCCUCCAAGGCUGCUCUUCGUCUUCCAGAUGAACGGAACUCUCAAGGUGUCAAAUGGUUCUGAGUUGGGCUCUCACCCUGACAAGCCCAAGAAGCACUCCCCCAGGAGGCGCCUGCAGCACGCCCUGGAGGAUCAAAUUUACCGCAUCUUCCGCAAAAGCAGAGUCCUGACCAACCAGAGCAGCAACUGCCUGUUCACUGUGCCGGCCAACCAGGCGUUUGUUUACGUGGUGCCGACUGCCGAUGAGGACCCCGUGGGCUCCCUGCUGGGCCAGCUACGCUCUAGCUGCACCGCGUGCGAGCAGGACUCAGGUACACUGGUGUUGGGGCCCAGGCGGUACCAGCAGAUGAGGCGUUCGGCCCGGCAAGCCGGCUCUGGUGUAGAUCUGUUUGGAGCAUCGGCGAGCUGUCAGCUGGUGGACUGCAGCUUGAAGGAGUUCCUGUGGCAGCAUGUGGAGCUGGUGCUGACCAAGAAAGGUUUUGACGACAGUGUCGGUCGCAAUCCUCAGCCUUCGCAUUUUGAGCUGCCAACCUACUCCAAGUGGGCGCAGGUUGCCUUGAGACUCCACCAAGUCCUUGUGAGCGGCGCCGAGGAGGACAUGGCCGAGUUGGCCGCCAAAGUGCAGAGCCAGCUGAAGGUGCUGGAUGCGUUCCUUGAUGCAGACACCAAGUUCUCGGAGAACCGGUGCCAGAAGGCGUUGCCCCUGGCCCACAGCGCCUACCAGUCCAACCUCCCCCACAACUACACCACCACUGUUCACAAAAACCAGCUGACUCAGGCGCUGCGGGUGUACAGCCAGCACGCUCGUGGCGUGGCAUUCCAGCGAUACGCCUUACAGCUUCACGAGGACUGCUACAAGUUCUGGAGCAAUGGACACCAACUGUGCGAGGAGCGAAGCCUUUCCGACCAACACUGCGUUCACAAGUUCCACCUUCUGCCACAGCCAGGAGAGAAGACAGAUGUGGAUCACAACCCACCCAUUCUGAACCACAACAGCAGGGGGCGCUCUACAAGUUCUUGUAACUGUGGAAGGAAGCAGGCUCCACGGGAGGAUCCUUUUGACAUCCAGACAGCAAAUUAUGACUUUUACCAGUUGCUGGAGGAGAAAUGCUGCGGUAAGCUGGAGAGGAUCGACUUCCCCAUCUUCCAGCCGAGUACUCCCGACCCAGCUCCAGCCAGUAACCGGGGACAGCGCCCUCCUUGCGAGGCCUCUGCAUCAGGUGAUGUAGACAGACUGAAGGAGUCCAGCACCGCCCAGAGCCACACUCCUGGAGACACCAGCCUGAGCCUGGCCCUCAGUCUGGGCCAGUCCGCCGACAGCCUGGGGCCUUACGGCGAUGGGGAUGCAGCUGAAAGCCAAGUCCAGCAGAAGCGCCCAAGCCUUGCGGAUCGCCAGCCCUCCACUGUGGAGUACCUUCCUGGUAUGAUGCACUCUGGCUGUCCUAAGGGCCUGCUGCCCAAGUUCUCCAGCUGGUCCCUGGUCAAACUAGGCCCUGCCAAGUCGUACAACUGCCACACGGGUUUGGAACAACCAGGUUUCCUCCCUGGCUCUUCCUUCCUCCUUCCAUGGGACUUGGUGAUCCGUUCUCGCUCAGAGGAGGAGUCCGGACUGGAGGCUUUGGACGGGGGUGCCUCCUCAUGGCCGGCCCCCAAUAAGACCCUUGUGAGCAAGCGAGGGAGUGCCGGGGGUCUCGGCAGGGGUCGCAGGAGGGAUGACACGGCGCGGGCCUUUGUGGGAUUCGAGUACGAAGACGGCAGGGGAAGGCGCUUCAUCAGUUCUAGUCCUGAUAAGAUCGUGAAGGUGCUGGGCCCAGGUGGUGCCAAAGACCCUGCCAGCAGGGUGCUGAACACCGACAUGCCGCUGUACAUCCCGACACCCUCCCAGGGGCGUGGCCUGAAGCCCCACUUUGCUCAGCUGAUUCGUCUUUUUAUUGUGGUGCCUGACGCUCCGCUUGAAGUUACCCUCAAUCCUCAGGUCCAGCCCGGUCCUCCCCCAUGCCCGCUUUUCCAUCCCGAGCAGGCAGAUGUGGUGUUGCCACCCGACAGCUUCUGGGUGCUGCGCUUCCCUUUUGCCUACGCCACAGAGCUCGGACCCUGUUACCCACCCAAGGAGAACCAGCCCCUCAACAACUACAAGGUCCUGCGAGGGAUCCUCAGAGCCACUACGGCUAACCCUCAGUGAACCCUGAUGAUGACCCCCUUCACCGGACUAAACUCUCUCAUAAUGUUUCUGUGUAUCACUUUGAAAAACGACAAUAUAGCCAAUCAUGACUUUAAAGCACUGAUUGUGACGACUUGAACUAGCAUUUAUCGGUUUGAAUUAUGUACGUACGCUACGCCAUCUUGCUCCUCGCCUUCAAGCCAUCUUGCAUAUCUUGACUGCAAGCUGAUUAAUAGUAGAGGAGUGCCAUGGAUGCUCACUGAGUUAACUGUCUGCAAACACCACCCCCUAGCGUUUUGGUAUAGAAUUACCCAUCACUCACAGUAUUCAGUAUUAAUAAAUGAAAUAUUUUCACUGU